UUGUGCUCAUUUAAAAAGGGUUGUUUUGCAGAGGUCUCUAAAAUUUUGUAUGUCAGACAGACAGACAAAAAAAAACUUCUCAGAGUAUAGUUGUUUUCUCUCUUGGCUUCAUUUGAACCCCCACAACUUCAUUCUCUUCCCUUCAUCCUUAAAAUACAAAUAAAAAAAAAAAAAAACUUUCUUCCAUCUUCUGAGAGAGAGAGAGAGUAUUUUCUUACACUGUACCAUAUUUUCUUGAAAACCUUAAAACAGAGAGAGAGAGAGAGUAUUUUGAGAAGGGUUUAGUGGCAUAUGGAUUCAUUUCUGUUGUAAGUAGCAGAAAAAUGGUUACAAACACAUUAAUGCUGCUAAAGUUUUGAUCUUUAAGGUUUUAAGACAAGGGUUUUGAGGUUUUUUUUUUUUUUUUUUUUUUUUUUUUAAAUAAACUGAUUUUUUGAGGCCUAAUCUGUGAUGGGUUUGGAUUAUUAAGCCAUAUUUAGUUCAAGCACUGUUCUUAUUCCUCUAGUGGUUUGCCAAAUACCCAAUACAGAUGAGUAUUUCGUUUUCAAUUUCUUGCAAAAAAUGGGCUUAAACCCUUCCAAAGACAGCGCCUUUUCUGGUUCCUUCUGUUCAUGGAGAGGAGUCUUUUGUGAUGACAAUGGUGAAUACAUUUUCAAGUUUGACGCCUCGGGUUUCGGUUUAUCCGGUCCAAUCCCGGACACCACCAUUGGCAAGCUGACAAAACUCCAUACCUUAAAUCUCAGUAAUAACAGAAUCACUGCUUUGCCUGAUGAUUUCUGGAGUUUAACCUCGCUCGAGAAUCUCAACCUCUCGUUUAACCAAAUCUCCGGGGUUUUACCUAGCAAUGUAGGCAACUUUGUUCAGCUUCAAAGCUUGGAUCUUUCUCACAACACUUUCUCGGGGAAUAUUCCCGACUCGGUGAGCUCGUUAACGAGCUUACUAGCUCUGAACCUCAGUCGCAACGGGUUCGAAUCGGUAAUCCCGUUGGGGGUUUCAAAGUGUUGGUCGUUAGUUUCGAUCGAUUUUUCAUCAAACAAGCUCAAUGGCUCUGUUCCUUUCGGUUUCGGUGCUGCAUUGUUUCCGAAUUUAAAAUUCUUGAAUUUGGCCGGAAACGAGAUUUCGGGCCGGGAUUCGGGUUUUUCAGGGAUGAAAGUAAUGAGGUAUCUUAAUAUUUCCGGGAAUCUGUUCGAGGGUUCUGUUGUAGGUGUGUUUGAAGGGGCUUUGGAGGUGGUUGACCUGAGCAGGAACCGGUUUCGAGGCCACAUUGCUAAGGUAAACUUCAGCUCCACUUUCAAUUGGUCGAAUUUGCUGUAUUUGGAUAUGUCUGAAAAUCAGUUUAGCGGCGAGUUUUCGGAUGAUCUGAGCCGUGCUGCGAGUCUCAAACACCUUAAUCUUGCACACAAUAGGUUCACCGAGCAGCAAUUCUUGAAAGUUGACAAGCUUUCUCGUUUGGAGUACUUGAAUUUGUCUGGAACUAAUUUGAUUGGUCAGAUUCCGAAGAACAUUUCACUUUUACGUAGUUUGAGAGUUCUCGAUCUGUCGAAAAAUAAUCUCAGUAAUCAUAUUCCUCCGAUUCUUACUGAGAAUCUUGAAAUUCUUGAUUUUUCGUACAACAAGCUAACAGGUAACAUCCCGUUGUUCCUCUUACAAGAACUUCUCGAAAUGGAGAGGUUCAAUUUCUCUUACAACAAUCUGAGCUUUUGUUCUUCCCAAUUUUCCAACGAAACCCUCGAAUCGGCUUUUAUAGGGUCGGUCGACACAUGUCCGAUCGCCGCAAAUCCAAUCUUUUUCAAAAGAAACGCUCCGAAAAAUCAUACGGGACUAAAGCUGGCACUAGCUUUAGCCUUAUCGAUGACAUGUUUGCUUGUGGGGUUAAUCUUUUUCGCCUUUAGCUGCCGAAGGAAGAACGCAAUGUGGGCGGUGAAAAAGCAGAACAACUCUUUUUCUGCCAAGGAAGAACAGCAAGUUAUAUCCGGACCGUUUUCUUUUCAGACAGAAUCGACAACUUGGGUGGCAGACGUAAAGCAAGCAACAUCGGUGCCUGUAGUAAUCUUCCAAAAGCCGUUGCUUAAUUUCACAUUCGCGGAUCUUUUAUCCGCAACCUCGAAUUUCGAUCGAGACACAUUGCUUGCGGAAGGAAGAUUCGGGCCCGUUUACGGCGGGGUUCUGCCAGGUGGCGUCCACGUGGCGCUCAAGGUCUUGGUCAACGGGUCAACCAUGACGGAUCAAGAAGCUGCGAGAGAGCUCGAGUACCUCGGACGAAUCAAACACCCAAACCUCGUACCGUUGACUGGAUAUUGUCUAGCUGGCGACCAAAGGAUCGCGAUUUACGAGUACAUGGAAAACGGGAAUUUGCAUAACUUGCUAUACGAUUUGCCUCUUGGAGUUCGAACCAGCACAGAAGAUUGGGAAGAUGAUCUUGAAGAAGAAAACGGGAUACAGAAUGUGAUUGGUCUAGAGGGUUCUUUAAAUACUUGGAGAUUUAGGCAUAGAAUUGCUCUCGGAACAGCUCGUGCGCUUGCAUUUCUUCACCAUGGAUGCUCGCCUCCGAUUAUACACAGAGACGUGAAAGCGAGCAGUGUUUAUCUCGAUUUUAAUUUGGAGCCGAGAUUGUCCGAUUUCGGGCUUUCCAGGAUUUUCGGAAAUGGGGUUGAGUACGAUGAAAUUGUUGUGAGUGGAUCGGAAGGGUAUAUACCGCCGGAGAUUCUUGAUCCGGAAAAUGGCUGCGAGCCGACGCCGAAAUCUGAUGUGUACGGAUAUGGAGUGAUUCUCUUCGAGCUGAUCAGUGGUAAAAAGCCUGUGGGAGAUGAUUACGGGGGCGAAAGGGGAGUUAAUUUAGUGAGUUGGGUGAGAGGGCUAGUGAGGAAGAAUCAAGAAUCGAGAGCUAUAGAUACGAAAAUACGCGGGAGUGGACUCGAUGAAGUGAUGGCUGAGGCUUUGAAGAUUGGAUAUUUGUGCACGGCUGAAGUACCGUUUAAACGGCCGACCAUGCAUCAGGUUGUUGGAUUGCUUAAGGAUCUUGAACCAAUUACACAACAAUGAAGAAAUUAUCAAGAUUCCUUUUUUUUCUUUUUUUUUUCUUUUUUUAAAUGUUAUUGCCUAUUAUGGUGCUGCUGUGAGAAGAUUGUGUAGCAGCUGUAGUUUUCUUGUUUUUUUUUUCUGGAUUUUCAUUAGUGAUUCCGAUUCUUGAUCGAUAUAAACCUCGGUUUGAUCCAUAAAAAUCGCGUCUUUAGUGCUAAUGUGUUCAUGUGUAACAGCACUUUUUUUUUCUUUGCUAAGAGGAUGAACUUAUGUGAUUUUUGCAUA